AUGGCCCCCAUCAGAAUCGGCAUCAUUGGCCUCGGCGCCACAGGCCCUGCCCUCGGCCCCGGAGCCUGGGCCGUCGGCGCCCACCUGGCCUCCUUCGUCCCCUCGCCCAACUACGAAAUCGUCGCCGUCUGCAACUCGUCCGUCGAGUCCGCCCAGCGCUCCAUCAACUUUCACAAGCUGCCCUCCACCACCAAGGCCUACGGCAAGCCCGAAGACAUUGCCGCGGACCCCAACGUCGACCUCGUCGUCGUCUCCGUUAUUGUGACCAGCCACCACAAGGUCGCCAAGCCGGUCCUCCUGGCCAAGAAGCAGCUCUUUGUCGAGUGGCCGCUCGCAGCCAGCACAAAGCAGGCCGAGGAGCUGGCGCGGCUGGCCAAGGAGGCACAUGUCAAGACGAUUGUGGGCACGCAGUUCCGUGCUGAUCCCGCGCUGCGCAAGGUCAAGGAGCUUGUUGACGGCGGAGCGAUUGGCAAGGUGACGAGCACGCAGGUGCAGUACUCGCCUCAGAUGGGGCCGCCGGACAUGUGGAUGGAUGCUGCGCCGUAUUAUCUCGACUUUAAGAGUGGCGGGAAUGAGUUUCACAUUGCGUUUGGCCACUUGCUUGACGGCUUCCUCCAUGUGCUGGGCGACUUUGAUACUGUCAAGUCGUCGCUCUCCAAGCAGUAUCCCGUCAUGAAGCUCUUCGACCUGAGCAACGGGCAGGUCACCAACCCGGCCCACCCCAGGACAUCCCCAGACCACAUCUUCGUCCAAGGCGUGCUUGAGAGCGGCGCCAUCGCCAGCAUCAACUACCACCGCCCCGGCGCGCUCCUCGGCAAGCCCUUCCGCUGGCUCAUCUCCGGCACCGAGGGAGAGAUUGAGUUUACUCUCGACGGCGCCCUGCAGAUGGGACUCAGCGGGCAGGAGAUUCGCAUCAAGACGGUGCACGACCCGAAGGAGGCGCGCGUCGUGGAGUGGAAGGAUGAGAAGACGCCGAAGCAUGUGGAGGACGUGGCGUUUCCGGGACAGAACACGGCGCGUGUGUGGGAGGCGUUUGCGCGUGGGGAGAAGGAGGGCGUUGCGGACUUUGAGGAUGGGCUGAGGGUGCAUCGGUUGUUGGAUCGGAUUGCGAGGGAGGCGGGUUCGCCGUAUGCUGAGUAUGUUGAGGAGAUGUGA